AUGGCUCCCCAUAGCGGCUUCCAGAUCGUCCCAGCUCAAACUGCCGAAGACUUUGAGACAGCUAGGACCUUAUUCAGGGCUUAUGCUGAAUCGCUCGGUAUCGACCUCACCUUCCAGAGCUUCGAAUCCGAACUACAGAACCUACCUACCCAGUACGGUACUUCGCACGGAGCGUUACUGCUAGCUUACGGAACUGAUCCUAAGAUUGCCCUUGGUUGUGUGGCUGUUCGUCCACUCGUCAACAAAGGGCACGAAACCGCGCAACCCCAAAAUGAAGUCUGGUCUUGCUGCGAGAUGAAGCGACUGUAUGUGGCACCUGAAGCCCGGGGAAUGGGUCUCGGAAAGGCUCUCGUGGAUGCAAUCAUCCAGAGGGCCAAAGAACUGGGGUAUCGUGAAAUGAGACUCGAUACGCUGCCGUCCAUGACUGGGGCGCAACAACUUUAUAGACGUGCUGGGUUUCUCGAAACACAGGCAUACUACGAGACGCCCCUGGAAGGGACUCUGUUUCUCGGAUUAGAUCUUAGUUGA